AUGGAAUUGUUUCGUGAUCCGGUAAUUGCAAAUGAUGGACGUGUCUAUGAACGAGCAGCAAUUACAAAAUGGAUUAAUGAACAUGGUACUAGUCCAUUUACUAGGCAACCAUUACAACUAAGUGAAUUACAACCAGAUGAUUACUUGAGACAAUCAGCAGCGCGUCCUCGAAAUUUAGCUGUUUCAUCUGAUGCGCAACAUAGCACAGUCACUUUCCCACUACUACGAACUGAUGCAAGACAAACGGAACUUGUAUAUCCCAAGUAUAAUGCAUCUCAUAUUUGCAUAUUUAGCAGCUGUGGCGUGAUUGUUUUGGGAAUUACUCUUACAAUAAUAAUUGUAUUGGUACAAUCAGGUUCCUCAAAGGCUACUGGAAAUGGAUAUUCCUAUUCAACAUCAAUUCCACCCAACAUAAUCUUGAACGCAUCAACAAAUUUUUCAGGCGUGUUAUCAACAAUGAGUUCAACAUAUGCGGCACCGACAGGUUCACCAAUACCGUCAAAUAAUCACUAUUAUAUUGUACGCAAAAUAUCCGUUAAUACCUAUGGUUAUUAUGUUAUUAGAAGUAACAGUUUCAUUGAUUUAUAUGGUUAUUUAUAUCGAGAUGCAUUCAACGCAACUCUUCCAACGGUGAAUUUACUUAUGCAAAAUGAUGACAGUGGUGGUCGUGGAGAGUUUCUUAUACAAGGUCUUCUGUCUUCCUCUUUAUAUAAUUUAGUGGUCACUACUUACUCACCAAAUGUGACAGGACCAUUUUCUAUCUCCAUCGGCGGUCCUGGACCAGUAAUUAUCCAGUAG